CCGAGUGAGCGGUAUGUCCUGUGCUGGUGGCGAUGCGAGUGGGGAAAGAAAGGAAGCAGGCACUGCUGCUGCCGGCUCCUUCAGCUUCAGCCCAGAGCCCACGCUCGAGGACAUCCGACGUCUCCAUGCAGAGUUUGCUGCUGAACGGGACUGGGACCAGUUCCACCAGCCUCGGAAUCUCCUCCUGGCCUUGGUGGGGGAAGUGGGAGAGCUGGCAGAACUCUUUCAGUGGAAGUCUGAUUCGGAGCCUGGCCCCCAAGCCUGGCCCCCGAGGGAACGGGCAGCCCUUCAAGAGGAGCUUAGUGACGUCCUCAUCUACCUGGUGGCAUUAGCAGCCCGCUGCCAUGUGGAUCUGCCCCAAGCAGUGCUCUCCAAAAUGGACACCAACCGGAGACGUUACCCAGUCCAUCUGUCCCGUGGCUCUGCCCGAAAGUAUACAGACUUGCUUCAUGGUGCCAUUUCUGAAGACCAGGUUGCAGACACUGCUUGUGAGUCUACCAGCCAGGCCUCAACCUAGAGACAUAACACCAGGACCUGCAACUCAGCAUGGCAUCUGAAGAGCAAAGGGAACCUGGUCAUAGUCCUUUCCUAACAAACCAUGAGUUGGAGGCCCAGGAGCCUGCAGAAGAUGGCCUCCUCGUGUUUUCUCUCCCAAUAAAACGGUUAUGAGCAACAACUUCUAGAUUCUUCCUAGGUGACCAGGGAAGCCUCUGAACCUAGACCCCUCCUACCUGCAGGUUACAGUCCAGUUUCUAGCAAAUUCCCAGUAGAAUGUCACGUGAGUCUCCCUCUCUCCUGGACCUGUAAGGAGGCUGGAGGCCGCAUGCAGGGUGAGUUAUGAGUCCAGAUGCCACACCAGGCUGUGGGGUUCAGACACUUUAAGAGCUAUAUGUGGUAUUUAUCAAACUACUUCGUCUUUAUUAUUGCCAACCUCUUCUGUGGAGUAAAAAUAGUAACACCUACCUGAUGGAGUCGUAAAGUGAGCUAAGAGUUUUGGGGAGCCAGGCGCUAGUACCUCACACUGUAAUCCUAGCUACUUAGGAGUCAAAGAUCAGGAUUGUGGUU